AUGGCCUUUCUGGCCCAAUGCACGCCAAUCAACAAUCUCAUCCCACGAGGAGCUUGUUACAGCGGCACAUCCGCCAUAGUGGCUCCUCCGGCGCCUCUCCCACCAGUCGAUAUCAACAUCACGCCAAACAUCCAAAACGCAAACGACAUCACACUCGUUCCUUGGACCGAGGGAACCGGAACUCCAGGCCACAGGUGGCGAUGGAGGGCUGCAGGAAUGCGCGGAGGUCCCAUUGUCGAAAUGCAGCUGUACGGCUGGUACGGUGCUCACGCCGAACUGCGCAUGACGGCUCCCCGCACCGCAAACAGGCCAGCCAUCGAUGUGACUCCGAAUGAAAAUGUCAAUGGUGGUGGAUUGGACGGUUGGGGAGAAGUCUUGUGCCUCAACGCUAUGAACUUUCAACGUGGAGACAUGACUUAUGUUCUUCACGUUUCUAUUGGAAAUAUGUACCCGAACCUACGCUGA